AUGAACAACAACAGUAACAGUUCUUAUCGUUUUGGUACAUCAGAUACGAUGACAUCACAAGAGUUCUCCAGGAUACCUCAGCCCUAUAAUCACACAGAAAAAAUAAAAGAUAUCGUCCCGGAAUUAGACGGUAAUAUUGAUCCGAUGCACCCCGAAGAAUUUCUUGAAAAACUUAACAAUUAUUUUCAAAUCCAAGUGUUCACCGAUCCAACAAAAAUUAACGUCACAUGCAGAAGACUUAGUGGUAGGGCUAAAAAAUGGUCUUACACCCUAGAUCAAAUAGACUUAUUUAAUCAUUUUGUUGAACGUUUUCGACGACAUUUUUGGUGUUCGAUUAAACAAGAAAAAGUAUUUAAUGUAUUCUAUCGCCCACAUUAUCAUCAAGAUACAUCGAGUCUACAAGAGCACAAUAUUGAUUAA